AGCGGCCCGCUCUCUAGACAGUGCAAGUCGCUGUCUGUGUAUGAAGUUGUAUUGUCCAUAAUAGAUUUCUUACUGGCUCGCAUUGCACUGUCUCCACGUUGUCACCACUACUGUAACGAAAACUGUGAGAGGUUGGAUCACCGAGCAUUUCAAUGGCAAUUCCUAAGAAAAUCUGCAUUAUUGGCUCUGGCAAUUGGGGCUCUGCUAUUGCCAAGAUCAUUGGUGCAAAUGCUUCUCAAAACCCCAAUUUUGACAACACAGUGAAGAUGUGGGUUUUUGAGGAGAUGAUUGAUGGACGGAAACUGACUGAGAUCAUCAACAGUGACCAUGAGAAUGUCAAGUAUCUCCCUGGACGCAAACUUCCACCCAAUGUGUUGGCUGUUCCUGACCUGGUGGAUGCCAGCAACGAAGCAGACAUCCUGGUGUUUGUCAUCCCUCACCAGUUCAUAGGGCGAGUGUGUGACACCAUGAAGGGCAAGAUCAAGAGUGAUGCACUGGGGAUUUCCCUCAUCAAGGGUGUAGACGAGGGGCCUGAUGGACUGAAGCUCAUCUCUGAAGUGAUCCAAGACAAACUAGGGAUCGCUAUGAGUGUGCUGAUGGGUGCCAACAUAGCCAACGAGGUCGCAGACGAGAAGUUCUGUGAGACCACAAUUGGAUGUAAGAAUAAGAACAAUGGGGCUUUGUUGAAAGAGCUCUUGCAGACCAAAAACUUCCGGGUCACAGUGGUGGAGGAGUCUGAUGUGGUGGAGAUCUGUGGAGCCCUGAAGAACAUUGUGGCCGUGGGUGCAGGCUUCUGUGACGGUCUGGGCUUCGGGGACAACACUAAGGCAGCAGUGAUCCGGUUAGGCCUGAUGGAGAUGAUCGCCUUUGCUCGCAUAUUCUGCACCGCUGGGCCUGUUUCCUCAGCAACCUUUCUGGAGAGCUGUGGAGUCGCUGACCUCAUCACAACCUGCUAUGGAGGUCGCAACCGCAAGGUGGCUGAAGCGUUUGCAAAGACGGGAAAGUCAAUUGAAGAGCUGGAGAAGGAGAUGUUAAACGGGCAGAAGCUCCAGGGACCAGCAACAGCAGCAGAAGUCCAUCUCAUCCUAAAGAACAAAAACCUGGUUGAUGAGUUCCCCCUGUUCAAUGCUGUGUACCAGAUAUGCUUCCAAGGGCGACCUGUCACAGAGUUCAUCAGCUGCUUGCAGAACCACCCAGAACAUAUGUAAAUGACUAAGUGCCUUUAAAAUGGAGGAUCAUCCUUUUUUUAAACAGACUGAUAAAGCUACUCACAUCACGGCUCUGAUGCAGUAAGUAGACUCCCUUGUAAUGGUUUGAUGGAACAGUAAGUUGCUAUAAGACUGCAUUAGAGUAGUGGUGUGAAAUACCACUUCCUUUAUAAUUCUUUUUCAAAUCUGAAUUUUAAAAAACAACUCUUAGGCUGAACACGCACAUUGUUUUUCUUACCGUCCAAGGAAUAUGUCCUCUCUGUAUCUAAUGGCAAUUACUUUAAACUAGUUAGUCGCUUUUAUCUGAUUUGUCUAGUAUUUGCUGUUAUAAGUAUCUUAAUUCUGAGUGGGAGAUGUCUUGGCUUGUACUGUAAGCAUUUAUAAAUUAGCAUAGCAACUGUUGACAAUGCAAGUGCCUUAAACUGUCACAUUGCUAAAAAAAUAUUGGCAGUUUUAUGGUUUGUGAAACCAAAUACCUCCUCUUAAAUUCCUUCUGUGAACACUAUAACCCGUGGCUUGUAUGUAAAAGUUUGUGAAAAGUAACAUUGCCUUUGCAGUAAAUGAUUAACUCUGA